AUGAGCAAGACCUCCCAGACCCAGGAGCCGCUCUCCGAGCUGGAAAAGGCCAUGGACGCCAUCAUCGACGUCUUCCACCAGUACUCGAGACGAGAGGGGCACAGCGACACCCUGACCAAGAAUGAGCUGAAGCUGCUGAUUGAGAAGCAGCUGGCGAACUACCUGAGGCACGUGAAGAGCAAGGCCACCAUCGACGAGAUCAUGAAGGACCUGGACGUCAACAAGGACGCACAGAUCAGCUUCUGCGAGACGAUGCUGCUCAUCACCCGCGUGACCAUCGCCACCCACGAGCACCUCCACGAGGUCGAGGGCCAGCAGCAGCAGCAGCAGCAACACCAGCACAAGCACCAGCACCAGCACCCACACUGA